CACAUGCGGAAGAUACGGCCCACUGCAUCGUUUUUUUGACACACACGACAGUCGCAACCGAACCGCCCAACCGUGCAGUGCAUUCGAGUGGCUCUCCCCAAAGUUCCUUAUCACGCAGCACUAAAGAUGGAACGCUGGCAAGGCAAGGUAGCGGUCGUGACGGGCGCUAGCUCAGGCAUCGGUGCAGCAACCGUUAAAGCGCUCGCCAACGCGGGCAUGAUCACCUUCGGCCUAGCGCGGCGUGUCGAGCGUAUCGAGGAGCUGAAAAGUGAUCUUCCCGAUGAGGCGAAGGGCCGGCUUCACAGUAUCCGUUGCGAUAUUACGAAGGAGGCAGACAUUUUGGCCGCUUUCCGGGAGGUGGAAGAAACGUGUGGCGGUGUGGAUGUGUUGAUCAACAAUGCCGGUCUAGCGAAGGGUGGUGUCGGUGUGCUGGAUGCCGGCAAUACGCAGAUUAUUCGCGAUGUGUUCGAUACGAAUUUGGUCGGGUUGGCCCUGUGCAGCCGGGAAGCAUUUCAAUCGAUGAAGAAACGUUCGGUCGAUGGACAUAUCGUGCACAUUAACAGCAUCCUGGGCCAUAUGGUGGCACCGAUGGGAACGAUCAAUGUGUAUGCGGCCUCCAAGUACGGGGUGACGGCACUGACGGAAACGAUGCGCCACGAGCUACGGUUGGCGGGCACGAAAGUUAAAGUGACGAGCAUCAGCCCCGGGUUGGUCCGUACGGAGAUGCCCACCAGCAGUGCGCUUGCCGAACGGCCCUGCCUCCAACCGGAAGACAUUGCGGACGCGAUCCUGUACGUGCUCGGCACACCACCGCGGGUGCAGAUCCACGAGCUAACGAUCAAACCGGUUGGUGAAUCCGUUUGAGUGCUUGGGAUGGAAUUUGGGCAAACAGGAAAACUGUAACAAACACACACUCGGCACAUGAUGAUGAGCGUUGAAAACGUAAUCCAAAGCGCAAUAAACCGGUAGUGAAGAUGGAGGCAUGACCAAACCAAA